AUGGCUACACCUUCAUUUGGCAAUUCCUCUCCACAAUUGACCUUCACUCAUGUUGCUAAUUUUAUGAACGAUGCUGCUGCUGAUGUAUCCGCUGUGGAUGCCAAGCAAUUGGCCCAAAUAAGACAGUUUUUGAAAGCUAACAAGACAAAUCUUAUCGAGAGUCUGAACACAAUAAGGCAGAAUGUAACUUCUUCCGGCGAUCAUAACAAGUUACGCUCUACAAUUGCAAACUUAUUGCAAAUAAACGUCGAUAAUGAUCCAUUCUUUGCUCAAUCUGAGGACCUUUCUCAUGCUGUAGAAUUCUUUAUGUCUGAGAGAUCAUCUAGACUUCAUAUAGUAUACUCACUUCUCGUUAACCCUGACAUCGACCUCGAGACAUAUUCAUUUAUUGACAACGAUAGAUUCAAUGUAGUGGGGAAAUUGAUUUCUAUAAUAUCAUCUGUAAUCCAGAACUACGACAUUAUUACAGCUUCAUCUUUAGCACAUGAUUAUAAUAACGAUCAAGACAUGUUCACAAUUGUCUCAUUGGUGCAGUUAAAAAAAUUUUCUGAUUUGAAGUUUAUCUUGCAGAUAUUACAAAUUUUGAAUUUAAUGAUCCUCAACACAAAAGUACCAGUAGAUAUCGUCAAUCAAUGGUUUCUACAGUAUCAAAAUCAAUUUGUUGAAUUUUGCAGAAAUAUAAAUUCAACAGACAAGAGUAUAGAUACCUCGUCACUACAAUUGUACAAGUUUCAGAAUUUCCAAGACCUCAGUUACCUCUCAGAAACGCUUAUUUCCAGGAUUUCAUCUUUAUUUACUAUCACAACUAUAUUGAUACUUGGACUGAACACUUCAAUCGCGCAAUUUGAUAUUCAGUCACCUUUGUACAUGGAUACAGAAACUUUCGACACCGUCAAUAGCGCUCUAGAGAAUGAUGUAGCAACCAAUAUCGUCAACGAGGACCCCAUUUUCCAUCCAAUGAUUCAUUACUCCUGGUCAUUUAUACUUUAUUAUAGGCGAGCAUUACAAUCGUCGGAAUCAUUUGAUGAUUCAGACAUAACGAAAUUUGCUCUGUUUGCUGAAUCACAUGAUGUUCUUCAAAAAUUGAAUACUCUCUCAGAAAUUCUAUCCUUUGAUCCUGUUUACACCACAGUAAUAACAGUAUUUUUGGAGUUUUCUUUAAAUUUUAUUCCUAUAACUGCAUCUACUUCCCGGGUUUUCGCCAAGAUAAUUUCAAAGGCACCAGAGCAGUUCAUUGAGAAUUUCUUAACUAAUGACACUUUUGAGAAAAAAUUGAGCAUCAUAAAGGCUAAAUUGCCCCUAUUGAACGAAUCACUGAUCCCGCUAAUUAAUUUAGCCUUAAUUGAUACCGAGUUUGCCAAUUUUGAAUUAAAAGAUAUAUGUUCAUUUGCUGUUACCAAAAGUAGUUUGAACGAUUUGGAUUAUGACUUAAUUGCUGAUACAAUAACAAACUCUUCUUCAUCCUCCGAUAUUAUAGUGCCUGAUUUGAUAGAGUUGAAGUCUGAUUUACUAGUGGCGCCACCCUUAGAAAACGAAAACUCUAAUUGUCUCUUGUCAAUACCAAAAUCAACAAAGGGAAAAAUUCUUACUAUCAAACAACAACAACAACAACAACAACAACAGAAUGGACAACAGCCGCCAACUACUUCCAAUUUGAUUAUUUUCCUUUACAAAUUCAAUGGUUGGUCUUUGGUGGGUAGAAUAUUGCAAAAUCUAUUACAUUCAUAUAUGGAAAAGGGUACACAACUGGAUGACUUACAACAUGAAUUGAUGAUAUCCAUAAUAAAGUUAGUCACUAACGUUGUCGAUCCGAAAACCUCGAUCGAGAAAUCUAGUGAAAUUCUGUCAUAUUUAUCAAAUUCUCUGGAUACUUCAGCCAGCACCAUAAAUGGAGCGUCGAUUAUCCAAGUAAUUUUCGAGAUUUUUGAAAUAUCACUACAAAGAAAAGAUUAUACCUCAAUUGUACAAUGUUGUGAAUUUAUGACUAUGCUGACACCGAAUUACCUUCAUCUUGUUUCUUCUUACUUGAACAAAUCGGAUUUGUUAGACAAAUAUGGUAAGACUGGUCUUUCCAAUAUGAUACUCGGUUCGGUUGAAUUAUCUACGGGGGAUUACACAUUCACUAUCCAAUUGCUUAAGCUAACAAAAGUCUUUAUUCGAGAAUCUCUCUCAUUGAAAAAUAUCCAUAUUUCCAAGAGAAGUAAAAUUGAUAUUAUUAAUAAGUUGAUUCUACAUGCAAUUCAUAUCUUUGAGAGUUAUUACAACUGGAAGUACAACAACUUCUUACAAAAAUUCGAAAUUGCCUUCCAUUUGACAUUAAUUUUUUAUGAUGUACUUCAUGACGUUUUCACCAUAAAUCCACAUCAAAAGGAUCAGUUAAUCAUUUCCUCGUCAGCAAACAAAUUGUUGCAGUUAUUUUUGACUCCCAUGGAUUCCAUUGAUUUGGCUCCAAAUACUUUGACGAAUAUUCUGAUUUCACCAUUGAAUACCACAACAAAAAUUUUAGGCGACAAAAUUUUGGGUAAUUUAUAUAGCAAGGUAAUGAAUAACUCCUUCAAGCUGUGCACGCUUUUGAUCGCUAUUCGAGGUAGCAAUCGUGAUUUAAAGCCAAGCAACCUGGAAAAAUUGCUUUUCAUAAAUUCAUCAAAAUUGGUUGACGUUUAUACCCUACCAAGUUAUGUUCAUUUCAAAGUGCAGAUCAUAGAGUUGUUAAGCUAUUUAGUAGAGGCUCCUUGGAAUGACGACUAUCCAUUUCUGUUAUCUUUCCUUGGUGAAGCAAAGUCAAUGGCAUUUUUGAAAGAAGUCCUGUCGGACCUGAGCUCUCCAGUGCAAGAUUGGAACCUUCUCCGAAGUUUGUACAUUUUUUUUACUACCCUAUUAGAAAGUAAACAAGAUGGGUUAUCUAUCCUCUUCUUAACAGGUCAAUUUGCCUCCAAUAAAAAAAUUAAUGACGAAUCCUCCAUAGACAAAAAGAGUUCUAUAUUAACUGUUUUGCAAAAGAAUUCUUUACUAUUAGAUUCAACGCCUGAAGAAGUAAGUUGCAAGUUAUUAGAAACGAUAACAUAUGUUUUAAACACUUGGACAAAUUCUAAAAUAUUCAUAAAAGAUCCUAAAUUUGUGAAUUCCUUAUUGGCUAAGUUGAAGGACUCAAAAAAAUUAUUUCAGAAAAAGGAAAAUUUGACUCGUGACGAAACUGUUUCUUUGAUUAAGAAAUACAAAUUGAUCUCAAGGAUUGUAGAAAUAUUUGCGUUGUGUAUUUACAACUCCACUGAUUCAAACUCGGAAAUUUUAAAUUUUUUGAAUCAGGAAGACUUGUUUGAAUUAGUUCAUCAUUUCUUCCAAAUUGAUGGGUUCAAUAAAACUUUUCAUGAUGAAUUAAACUUAAAAUUUAAAGAGAAAUGGCCCAGUUUAGAGCUUCAGUCGUUCCAAAAAAUUCCAUUAUCCAGAAUAAACGAAAAUGAGAAUUUCGGUUAUGAUAUUCCGUUAUUAGAUAUAGUUUUAAAAGCUGACCGUAGUUGGAACGAACCAAGUAAGAGUCAGACAAAUUUUAAGGAGGAAAUAACAGACGCUUCAUUAAAUUUGCAGUAUGUCAAUUACGAAAUAUCUACCGCAAAAGCAUGGGGCGCACUAAUCACCACGUUUGUGAAGAGGAGCACUGUUCCGUUAAAUGAUGGUUUUGUCGACUUGGUAGAGCAUUUCCUCAAGUUAAAUAUUGAUUUUGGUUCAGAUAAACAAAUGUUUACCCAAAUAUAUCUGGAAAGAAUUGAGUUGUCGUUUUACAUUUUAUAUUCGUUCAAGUUGUCGGGAAAAUUGUUGAAGGAAGAAAAGAUAAUUGAAUUGAUGAACAAGAUUUUUACAAUUUUCAAAUCUGGUGAGAUUGACUUUAUUAAAAAUAUUGGUAAGUCACUAAAAAAUAACUUUUAUAGACCUCUUUUGAGAUCUGUCUUAGUUCUUCUCGAGUUAGUCUCGUCAGGAGAUCGUUUUAUCGAAUUAAUAUCUGAUCAACUACUGGAAUUUUUUGAAUUAGUGUUUAGUAAGGGUGUUUAUUUGAUACUGUCUGAGAUAUUAUGUCAGAUCAAUAAAUGCUCCACGAGGGGUUUAAGCACCGAUCACACCACCCAAAUUGUCAACUUGGAGGAUAAUACUCAGGAUUUAUUGUUAUUAUUAUCACUCUUCAAGAAGAUCACCAAUGUGAAUCCCUCUAAAAACUUCAAUGUUAUUCUAGCAUCAUCCCUAAACGAAGUAGGAACUUUGAAAGUUAUACUGAACCUAUAUUCAAGCGCGCAUUUGAUAAGGAUUAACGAUGAACCAAUUCUUGGGCAAAUUACUCUGACCUUUAUCUCCGAAUUGUGUUCUAUUGAGCCAAUUGCUGCAAAACUCAUCAACAGUGGAUUGUAUAGCGUUCUAUUGGAAAGUCCACUAUCUGUUGCAAUACAGCAAGGUGAUAUAAAACCUGAAUUUUCGCCUAGAUUGCACAACAUUUGGAGCAAUGGUUUGUUAUCCAUUGUUCUACUACUAUUAAGUCAGUUCGGUAUCAAGGUUUUACCUGAGACGUGCCUAUUUGUUUCAUAUUUUGGAAAACAAAUAAAAUCUACAAUAUAUAACUGGGGUGACAACAAGUUAGCAGUGUCAAGUUCGUUGAUAAAGGAAACGAAUCAAUUGGUUUUAUUGCAAAAAAUGCUAAACUUGCUAAAUUACCAAGAAUUGUUUAUUCAGCCUAAAAACUCUGAUGAUCAACAAGAAGCUGUAGAAUUGGUUAUUGGUCUAGAUUCUGAACAUGAUAAAAAAAGGUUAAGCGCUGCAUUAAGCAAGUUUCUAACACAUCCAAAAUACUUGAAUUCAAGAAUAAUACCUACAACUUUAGAAGAGCAACAGCAGUUGGAGGAUGAAUCAAGCAGAUUGGAGUUCGUCAAGGGUAUCAGCAGAGACAUUAAAGCAUUACAAGAUUCACUAUUUAAGGACGUUUAA